AAAGAGGCUUUUGUUGUUGAUGAAAAGAGAGGGGAGAGUGGGUUUUUAUAGGGGAAGUGUGAGGGGUAAAAGUGCAAUAAUAAUAAUAUUAGUGUGUGGCCACAAAUGAUUCACAGAAAGUAAAAUAGGGAGAUUUUCCGGUUCUCCAUUGUUGAAGAAGAAGACUCAACGACCAACUGUUUUUAGCCAUUAAUAUUUUACUAUUUUUCUUUUUUUUUUCUUCACUAACAGAUGUUAUCUGUUUCAGCCAGAUAUUCGUAGCGUUUUAUCAUUUUUUGGGUUCUGCUCUUAAGCUCAUAUGGUUUGGGUGAUGAAAGUAAUUUCCUUUACGUUUACCAUUGUGAUUUGACGAUGAUCUUCCAACUCUCAAAAAAUCACUAUCCCAUGUGCCACUACAUAUUUGUCCUUUCUUACGAACUAGUAUAAAGUAAUUAUUAACUACAUCAUUGUCCAACUGCAUAUUACGUGACAAACUUCUCCAUUAUAAAUAAACAUAUUUUAAAAAUUUCUUUUGCUAUGCCUAUGACUUUUGAUUUUGUUUGUUAGCACAGAUAUUAGUUCAAUGCACAAACGUGAUUAUUCUGCUUAUGAUCUAGGGGCUGUUAACUUUUGUGUAAUUUGGAAGACUUGAUUGGAUGGAUAGAAAAAAUCAAUCUAUCGUUCGAUUAUGUUUUUAUCAAUGACCAAACAGCAACUUGGUAUAACUAUGACAACUUGGCUAAUAAAAGGGUCUUAUACUAUCAAAUCAACACCAUUCGAGUUAGGCGCAAAAAGAAUCAAAGGAUCUAGCCUGAGGAAAAACAUUUUAGAUUUGUCAUCAGGCUUCAGUUGAGAGAAAGAAGAAAAAUGGCGAUCCGUCAGGAUGAGGAAGAGAGUGGGCAAGAAGCAGCAGGACAGCCAUUUUUGCAGGAUGAGAGUAAGUGGACACACAACAGUGAAGAACGUCGCCCAUGGAUGGUCUACCUCAGCAGUUUGGUGGCUGUUUGUGGCUCCUACGAAUUUGGAACUUGUGCAGGUUAUUCCUCGCCGACUCAGAGUGCUAUCAUAAACGAUCUUCAUCUCUCUUUAGCUGAGUUUUCACUGUUUGGCUCCAUACUGACAUUUGGUGCAAUGAUUGGUGCAAUUACAAGCGGACCUAUUGGAGAUCUCCUUGGCCGGAAAGGGGCAAUGAGAGUUGCUACUGGUGCUUGCGUGGCUGGGUGGCUAACAAUAUACUUCGCUCAGGGAGUAGUGGCUUUGGAUGUUGGACGGUUCGCUACUGGAUAUGGAAUGGGAGUCUUUUCUUAUGUGGUUCCUGUUUUCAUAGCUGAAAUUGCACCUAAGAACCUUCGAGGAGCUCUAACUACCCUCAAUCAGUUCAUGAUUUGCACAGCAGUGUCCAUAUCCUUCAUAAUUGGGAAUGUACUCUCGUGGAGAACUCUAGCAUUGACUGCACUUGUCCCUUGUGUCAUUCUGACAUUUGGUCUUUUCUUCAUUCCUGAAUCUCCAAGAUGGCUGGCAAAAGAGCGACGACAAAAAGAAUUUGAAAUGGCUCUCCGAAAACUUCGUGGUGAGGAUGUUGAUGUGUCCCAAGAGGCAGCUGAAAUCCAGGACUUUGUAACAACCCUUGAACAACUCCCAAAACCCAAAGUGACCGAUUUGUUUCAGAGGAUGUACUUGCGCUCAGUCAUUAUUGGAGUUGGAUUAAUGGUUUGCCAACAAUUUGGAGGAAUUAAUUCAAUCUGCUUCUAUGUAGCCAAUAUUUUUGAGUCAGCAGGAUUUUCGGUGUUCGUUGGAACUAUAAGCUAUGCUAUUAUUCAGGUCGUAGUAACAGGCAUUGGGGGGCUCUUAAUGGACAAGGCAGGAAGAAAGCCCUUGCUAUUGGUUUCUGCAUCAGGGUUAGUCCUUGGUUGUACCCUAGACGCAAUUGCUUUUUAUCUGAGGGAGAACAAACUAGCAAUCCAAGCAGCUCCAUUGUUAACCGUAGCUGGGGUGUUGGUGUACAUAGGAUCUUUUUCAAUUGGAAUGGGUCCUGUUCCUUGGGUUGUAAUGUCUGAGAUAUUCCCCAUAAACAUUAAAGGACUAGCUGGAAGCAUGGCAACACUAACCAACUGGUUUGGUGCUUGGGCUUGUUCCUAUACUUUUAACUUCCUUAUGGCCUGGAGCUCCUAUGGUACCUUCCUUAUUUAUGCAGUGGUCAAUGCAAUGGCCAUAGGAUUCGUGGUGCUGAUAGUACCUGAGACAAAGGGGAAAUCCCUUGAACAAAUCCAAGCGGCUAUUAAUGGAUAGUUAUAGUACUUUCAUUGAAGAGGCAACCAAACCAAACCAAAUCAUUGUUUAGAAAAUCAUUCUUUUUCAUUUCCAUGACUUUCACAUCUUGUUCAGUGCUUUCGAACUAAAGUUAGCACAUUGUUUUCCAUCUAUUUAAUUGACAGUGGUUAGAGUUGAGAAAUAA